AUGGUUAAGACACUCAGUGAGUUCAGGAUCCAAGUAGAAUCUCAAGAUACAAAAGCAUGUCUUAGUGCGCAGAAGGUGAUGCCUAAGUUGAGGAAUGAGGUCAUGGAGGCCCAGAAGCACUAUCAAGAGGUAGCUUACAUCAAGGGAUGUCUGGAAUCAGGAGAGCCCAUGCCCGAUUGGGUAAUUCACCUCGAUGAAAGUUUAAGAUACCAGGGUAGAUUGUUUGUACCAAGUGACGAGUUACUUAGAGAAAAGGUACUAGAGGAAUGUCACCAUUCUGCAUUUGCGGUACAUCCAGGAAGGACUAAAAUGUACCAAGAUUUGAAGAGGCAGUAUUGGUGGAAUGGAAUAAAGAAGGAAGUGGCUAAAUUCGUAACAAAAUGCAUAGCAGAUGAUCCUCUGGUAGUUGCUGACGAUGUUACGCCAAGAGAUGACAUCACUCCAAGAAACAUGCUUGGACCGGAGAAUAUCACCACACAACAGGCCUUGAACUUCGACCUAGUAGCUUAUACCUCACCUCAACUUCGGUGCAAGAGACUAUGCAGACAAUCAUGGAUCAAGCAAAGCGAAAUGAAUAGGGUCUAG